UUAGCCUUUAUGUGGCCACGGGCACCUCCUAAACCCUUGUGGCCACCUGCUAGGUCUUGCGUCCUCAGAUCUGGGUCCUGGAGGUUAGCAGAGCAGAACAGACUCCUGUUCUCCAGGAGCAGCACCCAUUGCGCCACAGAUGUGAGUUGUCUGGAUGUGGAUUGCGUGCAGGGUGGCUGGACAUGAGUGGGGAGCGGGACUGGGCUGGGGUCCCGACAAGGGGCAGCACGGCUGACGGGCGGCAGCUGGUCCUGUGGUAUGCCCGGCUGUUGGAGGAGCAGGUGGACACAACAGGUGUUCAGGGCAGGAAGGGGGUAUGCAGGGCAGAGAGAGUAGCACUGCCACACACUGAGGGGGCAGAGCCUGCAGUGGCUUUAACGCGGUGUUUUGGGCUGCAUCAGGGUGGAGGGUUGAAGGAGGGGUUGAAAAUGUGGGCACCCCAUGGAGUCCGAGGGGCACAGUGUCCUGCCCUUGGCCAGCAAUGCCUGGGGAGGUCCUUGAGGGGGCACCGAGCUUGGGCAGGGGUCCUGGUUCAGCCUCACACCCUUGCUCCUCCUGACACCUCCCGCUGCCAAAGCCCAGGGUUCUACGGCCCAGGCCACCCUGUAGCAGCAGUUCCUGGCCUGGCUGCAGGAGCGGUACAGGCUGCGCCACCAUGACUCACUCCCUAGGCCUGUCCCCACCGCACCCUCCACUCCUGCAGGAGGCCCCUCACUUCCCAGGUUCCAGGCUGGAGCAGAGAAGAGAGGGGGCCCCCUCGUUCCUCCACAGACCCAGAGUGCCAUGUCCUAAGGUCACCAUGGGACGUGGUUACCAGCCCAGCCACCUGCACCUCCAGAGGCCCUGGGAGGGAGGAGGGCCCUCCCACCUCAGGUUUACACCAACCCUCCCCAGAGCUUCCAGGCAGGGCUCCAUUGCCUCAGACGUUGAAUCAUCCCACUGGCAUUUGCUGAGCGUUUGUGUGAUUGGGGGCACUGAGCAUGCAGUAGGGACACCUCACUCUUCUGGCUGUGGAGGGAGCUUCCCACAGGAAGGCCAUUGGAGCAGUACAAGGCAGAAGGCAGUGCGUGUGUGUGCCUGAGCGUGAGGAUGAAGUGUGUGGGCGUGCAAAUGCGUGUAUAAGUGUGGGUAUGCAGUUGUUAGAGGGAGGGAGUCCAGACAUGGUCAGCUCUGAGGUGGGCAGGAGCAGGUCAGGAAGUUCCUGAGGACCUCUGAGGAUAUGGGUUUUGUGCUGAGAGCCCCAGGCUCCCUGGGACCCAACCCAGUGGGGCCUGUGUCCCCACCUUGGGGUGCCUGCAGGAGGGGAGAUGGGGGUAGGGGACUGGGAAGGGAACCUGGUCACUAGCUGGUGUCUACACUGUGGGAGGCUGUGGUGUGCACUGGAGUUGCUGGGGGUGGAUGGAUGUGGCAGAGGGUCCCCAGGCCUGGGGUCUGGGUUUUGGGCACCUGGGUUGGGGGCGGGUGCACACCUCUCAGUGGCCAGGGGGUUCAGGCAGGACACAACUGGGGCAUCUGGGACAGGGGCACAGGGAGGGAGGGACAUGGAAGACAACCCACAGAACCACUACCAAACUGACAAGGGGGAGACCUCGUGGGCAUCCUAAGGCCAGGCUGUGAGGGAGGCCACCAUUGGGAGGCCUGGGGACUAGUGGAGGUGGAGAGAAAUCAGAUUUCUUCAGGCAUACAGCACUGGGGACUGAGCAAGGCAAGUGCUGCAGCCCCACUCUCUGAGUAAGAACUCUCCCCCACAGGGCACUUCAGUGGGUGGGUAGGCAAGCAGCAGGAGGGAGACCUUAGCCUGGGAGGUGGGUGGAGUGCAGGAGCAGCCCCUGGUCCCUGAUGUAAGGCCUCAAGUCUCCCAGGGCUGAGUCCGCCUUGGGCUACUUGUAGGUACUCAUGUAGAGGAGGGACCACCCAGUGCCAGGUACGUGCAGGAAUCUGAGUCCUCAAGAAGGGAAAGAGGUUAUCUGAGAUGCCCAGAUUCCCAGGGAAGGGUUCCACCAGUCCUCUUAGUGAGCUGAGCACUCCACUCUGGGGGGGUGGGGGUGGGGCAGCCAGGCAGCCCCACCUCAGCCAGAGGAAGUCCACCCACCAUGAGAGGGGGCACAUGGGAGGAAGCUGGGCCAGGGAUGGAAAGGAAAUGGCUGGGCAGGCCCUGACCUCACUACUACAGGAGGAGGCACUGGGCAUCUCUGGUUCUCAGCCUCUGACCACUCCCCCCACCACCAGCCCAGGACCUUUGUUCAGACCCAGGGGUGAAAGGGGCUUGAAGCGGGGAGAGCCCAGCUGCCCACCCCUGCAGGAGCCACUCCAUUGGUGCCAGAACCAGGUGUGCAGGGCCCAGCUCACCCCAGCACAAGUCAUCCUGAUGCCCACUGGAGCCCAUGGUGCCUGCCUAUCACUCUCCUCCCAAUAGGGUGCCUCCUUGGGCAACUUGGUGAAGAUGACCCCAGCCCCCUUCAUGGGGAUCCCCCAUGUGUGCCCUGCACCCUGCCCAGUCACCCCUCCCUCCCCCGACCCCACACCCUUUACUGAACACUCCCGGGCCUGCCCCCUCCCAGACCUUGACACCCAGGUGCACCUGGGCCCCUUCUCCCCAAACCUCGUCCUGGAUCCCACUUGAGUGGCCCCCAUCCGCACUUGCUCUAAUAUGUAGCUUUGGAUGAGAUUCCCUCUGAACAAAGGUCCCAGCAAAUGCCAGGGCCUUGUUCCCUGAGGGGCCAGCACCCCCUCACACACCCUCCUCUCCUGCUGGCCCAGCCCAGAGCCAAGCUCCCACUGGCUGCCUGCCAUCAGCACUGGGCAGCCAUGGGCCUGGCCUUUGCCUCCCACUGCCCCAUCUCUGUGUUGGGGUCCUUCUUGCACCCCACAGCCCCAGGACAGGUCACAAGCAAAACUCCCAGCUCUGUGCUUGAAGCCUCCAGACAUAGAGAAAUACGUUCCAGAUGGGACAAGACAGGGAGAGGGAACUUGAAGUGAUGGAGUAGGAAACCAUUUUAAAUAAGGUUUUUAAUUUUACAACACGUGUGAUUUACAGAGAAGCUAUAAAGAGACCAGGGAGAGUUCUCAUUUGCCCCCAAACUCAGUUCGCAGUGAUGUGCUUGUCACAACUGGUACACCAAUAUUGAUACAUUGCCAUUAGCCAAAGAUUCCUCACUUUUCCAUGUGUCCUUUUGCUGUCCCAAGGUCCCCAGGGGGAGGGGUGACUGUCCUCGUGUCUCCUUGGUCCCUCUUGGGGGUGACUCCCUCAGACUUCACUAGUUACUGAUGCCCUUGGCAUUUUGAAGGUCAGGUAGUUUGUAAAAGCCCCUGCUGGAACUUGUGUCAAUGUAUCUCAUGAUCGCCUGGGGUGAGGGUUUGGGAAGAAGCCUCUGGGGCAGCAAGGUCUGUGCUCUCAACUUGGCUCCUCCCUGCAGGUGGGGACCUCGGCCACCUGCCUGAAGUGAUGUCUGUCAGGUUGUACUCCUCCCUCCCUCCUUGCUGUGCUCUCUGGAAGAGCACCCUGCUUGAGGUCACAGUGACUACAUGAAUUAUUCAGAAUUCCCUUCUCCCCCAUUUAGUUAGUUAUUGUAUCAUUUGUAUCAGUGGGGUCUCAUACAUUUUCUACCUUGGGCAACAAUCUAUAAACCAAUCUAUAAUAGCAGGGUGGUGGGCUGGCCUCAGAGGCAAUCGGGUGGAGAGACAGGACCGGGGACAAGGCUCAGCGUGGAGUGGGGUGGAGCGGGAGUGUGGGCGGGGCGUGGACGCUCCUGGGACUGCGGCGUAGCAGAAGCCCCAGCAGGGGUGGUUUCCGCCUGUGUGGGAGCAGAAUGCGGGUGCUGGUGCGUUGGGACCAGGUGCGCUUGGCAUUUUACUGCAAAGUCGGGGGGAGUCUCAGGAGCACAGGUCGAUGGGCUUCCUAAGGUGCUUGGCAGAAGCGAGGCAGGCCCAGGGAGCGGCAGGACCCGGCGGAGUCCGGUUCAGGGUUUUUGCUGAUGAAGCGGAGGGGGUGCUGAGCGGAGAGCCGUCCAGGAUAAGCCCAUCGGAGAGGAAGACGCUUUGGAGGGAAGUUUUUGGGUCUGGUCUUCUGCGGUUUGCUGUGCCUGCUGGCAUCCGUGUGCCGAUCCAGCAGCUGGCACCAGAAGUCUGGAUUUGGGGGACCCCUGCGCAUGGCACUGAGGGCCUGGGCUCCUCCAGGCCAUAGCUGGUCAGCAUCAGCCCCCUGACCAUGGAAUGACCCCGCCGUGACUGCGUGUGUGACACAGGCCCUGCACACACAUGUACACAGCACGCAGGCACGGGCCCUUGGGUCUGAAGAGCCAGAGCCUCUGCUCCACACCCAGAGGGUGCCUGAGCUCCCCCACUGGCACAGGGGGAAGGAAGAGAGGAGGUUUGCUCACCCUUCCUGCUGCCCAGGCUGUCCCCUUCUGCUGACAGCCUGCAGGGCCUGCACCCUCUUUCCUCCACACGACUUAUCUCUGGGGGGGCUCUGAGUGCACCCAGGUCAGCCCCCCAGGGCAAAGUGCCAUCCUUCACACCCCAGGGCAGGGUCCACCCAGUGCCAUGCUAGAGCUGGUCUCAAGAACCCUGCCCUCACCCCCCACUCCCCGCCCCCGUGAGUGUCUCCUCGAGCUUUUCAUGGGCCUGGUGGGCGCAUUUACACCACGGGAGUCAGCAAACACUACACCAAGGCUUUUCCACCGAGGGCCAGUUGUUAAAUACCACACAGAAGGGAUCAGGACUGCCCUGGCACCCCCACCCUCCCUCCCAUUUCUCCACUGGGCUCCAUCUUGGAGGGGAGAGAAGUGGGGGAUGCUCUGCCAUCCCUUUUCUGGGUUCCUGCGUCGUGGGACUAUAGGCCUCAGCCUCCUGGGGUGUGGGACUGUUGAGGUCAGGGUUGGGGACAGGUCCUGAAGGAGAGCUGAAGUUAGAGCUGAGGAAACACAGCCAGCUGAGGACAUCAAGACCCUCAUGCUCAUUCCUCCUUGAGGCAGAGGUAUAUCAAAGAUGGCCCUGAAGGGCUGGGCAUGUGCCAGUCUGUGUACCUGUAAAUGUGUGUGCCUGUGCAUGAGUGCAUUGCACAUGUGAGUGUGUGUAUAUAUAUGUAUGCACAUGUGUGUCUGAGUGAACGUAUUUGCAUGUGCACUUGUGAGUGUUUGCAUGUGUGUGGCUAUGAGGGGGCGCUGCACACAGAUGUGAGGAAAUAGGGUCACUUCCCCAGGAACCCCGGCUGCCCCCUCUUCCUGCCCCCACCUCCUGCCCCGGGAGAGGCCCCAGCUCCAUAAAGAGGGCCCGGAGCCCUGAAUGCCCCUGUUGUUCCAUUCCACACCUGCCCACGCUGCCUCCCAGGCCUGUUCCAGAAGGAGGGGGCCAAAAGCAUCAGAUACUCAAGGGUCUUCUGCCUCCAAACUACCCAGGAGCAGGUCCCAUCCCCCGCCCCUAUGACCAACAUGAGCUGGAGCUUCUUGACGCGGCUGCUGGAAGAGAUCCACAACCACUCCACGUUCGUGGGCAAGGUAUGGCUCACGGUGCUCGUGGUCUUCCGCAUCGUGCUCACGGCGGUGGGCGGUGAGUCCAUCUACUCCGACGAGCAGACCAAGUUCACGUGCAACACGCGGCAGCCGGGCUGCGACAACGUCUGCUACGACGCCUUUGCACCCUUGUCCCACGUGCGCUUCUGGGUUUUCCAGAUUGUGGUCAUCUCCACGCCCUCCGUAAUGUACCUGGGCUAUGCUGUGCACCGCCUGGCCCGCGCCUCACAGGACGAGCGCCGCCGCGCCUCACGCCGCCGACAAGGCCGCCUCGCGCCCCGUGCACCCCUGCCCCCACCGCCCCACCCAGGCUGGCCCGAGCCAACAGACCUGGGCGAAGAGGAGCCCAUGCUGGGCCUGGGUGAAGAGGACGAGGAUCCGGGCGCGGCCGAGGGCCUGGGCGAAGAUGAUGAGGCUGAGGACGUGGGUGCCGCCAAGGGCGCAGGAGGGGACACAAAGGCGACCGGGGUCCCAGGCCCGGCAGGUCAGCAUGACGGGCGGCGGCGCAUCCAGCGCGAGGGGCUAAUGCGCGUGUACGUUGCCCAGCUGGUGGCGCGGGCCGCCUUCGAGGUGGCCUUCCUGGUGGGCCAGUACCUGCUGUAUGGUUUCGAGGUGCGGCCCUUCUUCGCGUGCAGCCGCCAGCCCUGCCCGCACGUGGUCGACUGCUUCGUGUCGAGACCCACUGAGAAGACGGUCUUCCUGCUGGUCAUGUACGUGGUCAGCUGCCUCUGCCUGGUGCUCAACCUCUGUGAGAUGGCGCACCUGGGCCUGGGCAGCGCGCAAGACGCUGUGCGCAGCCGCCACCCCCUGCCCACCACCCCUGGCCCCAUGCCUCGCCAGCAGCCCUGUGGUCUCCCCGCCGCGCCUUCGGGCCUGGCCUGCCCGCCAGACUACAGCCUGGUGGUGCGCGCGGCUGAGCGCGCACGCACCCACGAUCAGGACCUGGCCAACCUGGCGCUGCAGGCGCUGCAGGACCGGCGGUCACUUGGGGACCUCGACAGCCCACCAGGCCCUGGCCUUCCAGCAACCGCCCGGGGGCCCCCGAGGGCCGGUGCCCCUGCCUCCGGGUCGGGCAGUGCCACGUCGGGGGGCACUGCCGGGGGCCAGGGCCGGCCAGGGGCCAAACCCAGGAUGGGCUCUGAGAAGGGCAGUGCGAGCAGCAGCAGGGAGGGUAAGACCACCGUGUGGAUCUGAGGCCUGCAUUGGUUGCUGUUCCUCCUCCCUCCGCACCAGGGCCGAGGUGGAGGGCUCUGGAGGAAGUCUAGGGUCUGGACACCGCCUAAGGGGCAGAGCACAACCUACCCUCCUCCUCCCCCUCAGGUGGCUGCUCUCCACCUCGAGAGGGGGCGGAGGGCACCAGCCUGCUCUGCAUCACUGCCCCUCCCUGCCUGAGCCCCAUCUUCAUCCAGGAUAGGGUGGGGAAGGUAGGCCUGGGAAUCACGAAUGGUCCCCAGCUCUGGUCCAUAAGCCCUGAUGGGUAGGUGGGACUGUGGCUGGGGCAUUUCCACCCUCCCAGAGCCACCCUGGCCACCUCAGGACAAGGCUGCCCUCCAGGAGAGAGCUCCACCCGCUCCUGCCCCGCUUUCCCGGCAGUAGCCCAUGUGCGAUUGCCCAGGGAUGCUUGGCCUGGGUCUUGGGGAGUACUGUGCUUGUCCACAGUACUCCCUGCCCAGCAAAUGGGGCUCUUUUCCUAGCACCCACACUCUUCUAGCCCAGGUUCUUGUUCUUGCAGAGAUGGAAGCAAUGCCAGGUCUUCCUUAUACAGAAGGGAAAACAGAGACCACAGUGGGCAGAGGCCCCUGCGCCCAGCCCUGGUCUGUACCACCUCCUGCCUCACCCCCACUAGGCCCCAAGCAUGAGCUGCCUCGAGUGCCAGUGGACCUGCACCCUGCUUCCUGUUCCCUGCCCAGGCAGAUCUGGGGCUCAGGCCCUGCAUGGGCCCCAGGGUGGAUGGGACCAUGCCCUCUCCAGCUCCUGUGCUGGCCUGGCGUGGCCCCUUCCUCUGGGACAUACUUCAAGUUCUGAAAAGACAUCGGUCCCCCUUACCACUCAGACCAACAGGAUGGUGGUGAGGGGCUAUGGCUUUGCCCAUGCUAGGGGAAGGCGCUCUGAGGCUCCCACCACAGCCUCUUCCCUCCAGCCCCCUGUCCAAUUCAGACACAGCCUCCAAAGGGAGUGAAAUAAAACUAACUUUUG